GUCAGGCGUAGCCGACAGCCUCGGCAGCGAGCGGGCUGGUCGGGCCUGUCAACUGUGGAUAAUGCAGAUCAAGAUUAUUUAAAAAAACAGCAAGUGUCUGCCAGCAGCCCGCCGACCGCGAGCCGGGUUAUUUUUACGCCGAUUACCGCUCGAGCCUUCUUCGCGCCCGCUGAUUUGUCCUUUGAAAGCAUAAUGUAGACCUGAUAUGAUUGAACGUACCUAAGCCUUGCUGCACUGCUGUUGGGAGCCGGAGGUGAGCGUGGUCAUCUCCCUGGGGCUUACCUCCCUUAGCUCUGGUUUCCAUCCGGGGCAUAUAUGAGAGCCGGCGCGGAGUACACUAUAUACUUAGUCUAGCAUUCCGCAUAAACUACAAGCGAACUGCACAGCACAAGUUGUCUUAACUCUUGAGCUUCGGACAGACAAGUUUCUGUGCUCUUUUGCCCGCGCGCAUUGAAUUGCAUAGGCGCUGUGACUUGUAAUAACGUGCACGUCUACCAGGGCCCGAAACAAGUGCGCGGUGUCCACCGGCCUUUCGAUUGCCCUGAAAGCCCGUCCGGCGCCUCGCCGAAGCAGGGCUAUCGCCAGCUUCCUUAGCACCUCAUCAACAUGCCCAACAAUGGGACGUGGGCGACGGGAGAUGACCUACUGGUUCAGCUCUUCGGCGAGAUGCCAUCCAUGGCCCCCGCCGUGCUCGCGCUUAUCCUCUACGCGCUCGGCGGCCUGGUCGCACUGAUCCUGACCUGUCGCACCAAAGCCUGGUUCAUGAGCGUCGUCACCAUCACUGCAUGGCUUGAAGCCCUGGGCUUUGCAGCGCGAGUGAUGGUCAUCAACAGCCCCAACCUGAACGUGUACAUUGGCAUGCAAGCGCUGCUCAUCAUCACGCCAGUCAUCCUGCCGCUGGUGGACUACAUCGUGGUGGGCCGCCUGGUGGGGCUGGGCGACCCGGCGGCCCUGCACCGCUGGAUCAAGCCCGUCUACAUCCCGCGCUUCUUCCUGGCGUCCGACGUGUUCACGCUCAUGCUGCAGGGCGCCGGCGGCGGCCUCAUCAGCGGCACCGACCCCAAGUCCCGCGACAUGGGCCGUAACCUGCUGCUGGCGGGCUUGUUCAUGCAGCUGGGCUUCUUCACCUGUUUCUCUUGGCUUACCGCCUGGGUGCAGACCAGCAAGGACUUCGCCCUGCGCGACCGUACGGCGGCGGCGGGGCUCGUCCCGCGGCUGGGCACGGUGUUUGCGUGCCUGUACACCACCAUCGUGCUCAUGUACCUGAGGAACAUCUUCCGCACGGUCGAGUUCAUCAUGGGCUACGACGGCUACCUCGCAACACACGAGGCGUUCUUUUACGGCUUUGACUUCGUGCCCAUCUUUGGCUGCGUUGUGCUUUUCUGCGUGUGGCACUUCGGCUACUAUAUGCCGGUCAAGGGCGCGGGCAGCGGCUUCUCCGCCUCGUCCACACCGGUUGCUCCCCUCAAGCUGGAAUUGAUGGAGGCCGGGCAAUAUCAGAAGGAGGCCGGGCAAUAUCAGAUGGAGGCCGGGCAAUAUCAGAAGGAGGGGAAACCGGCGGCUGUAGCAGAGUCCAGCACCGCCGCGGUGGCGGGCUCGGCAGUAGCAGUGGCCCCUGCGCCCGUCGGCGGUAGCAGUGGUAGUGGCGGCGUGCGCACGUGCUGGAUGUGCCCGGCACGGGGGGCUGUCAGCAGUCCGCGCGCGGUUGGCAGCAGUGGCGCGAGCAGCGCUGCUCUGCCACUUAGCAGCCUGCCGCUAGGCCAUGCAGCGGAGCGGGGGAAUGUGGUGGUUACCAUUCCUUCCUCGGCAAGUGAUUAGAUUUGACGGUGCGGACAGAAGAGCUGUUGUGGGAUUAGCGUGCUGUCGGGUGCGGCUGCUGCAUACAGCGCGUCUGGCGCGCUCGUGAUGUGAUACGGGCGCGCUCUGUGUGUGGUACUGUCCUUGGUGAUGCUGUGCAUGCGCUAGCAGAACUGCAGGAGCUUGUUGAAGAUUGACUCGACCCGCAACUUAAGGGGCCUCGGUAACUCACCCGUCAUGAACUGAAGUGAUAGCGGUGAACUUCUUAUCGUGUCAAUCUGUAUGGUAGUACGGUACCGGUAUCCAGGACUCGCAGGCGGCUCGCUGACUGAUGCUGUGAAGGAAUCUGGAUUUUGGACAAGCGGUGUAGCGGCAUGGGCUGUGUGGCUUGUGACCCGGAGUGUCAUGUUUAGCAUACGCAUUGCACUUGCCACUGUUUUUGGCUGAGCUGUGGUGAGGUUCUUGCGGCGUGUCGCCAAGGACAAGGUGAUGAUAUGAGUCAUAUGACGCCAGCUUGCGGCAAGGGAUUGGGAAUGUAGAUGCCGCCAGCUCAUUCAUGACACAAACAUAUACAUACUCGACAAAUGGCGUGUGUUCUGCAUCGUAACAUUCCAAGGCGCU